GAAGAGUCCUGAACAGCUCACAGACCUUUGACUCCUUCAGGAUACGACAGGAAAAGCAACUUUCUCUUUCUGUCAUGCGAGCGCUCUGUAGAACACUGUCGGACCAUGACAUCAAACCUACAAAUCAACCCCAAUUAUAGCCAGCUGGACGAAAACACAAAUGAAAACAAGCCUGCAAAGGGCCAGUACAUAGUCUUCUUGAUUCUUACUUUAAUAUUAAGCACGGAGACGUUUAUCACGGCUUUUCUUCUAUAUGACUUCUCCGAGGAUAUUCACAGAACUCGUGAAACAGGCAAAGAUGGAGGGUAUCCAAUCCACUGUCUCUCCACAGAUCUUACCCAACCAACAAAUCAAGCAGGUAUCGCAAGCUGUGACUUGUUCAUUCAAGAACUGAAACAAACCGCACAGCAGAGACUGUUGCUGGACAUACAGAAUCAUGUACUGGGAACAUUAGGAGACUAUAACAUCACUGAGAUUUUCAAACCUGCUGUGCACGUUGGGGCAAAACAAGAGCUUAAACAAUAUCAAAGACUGCAGAAAAAUGACGGUAUUCCUGCAAUGGAUCGUAUUCAGUGGGACAACAUGAACGGCCAGUUCAGUCAGGAGGGGUUAAUGCGCCUCAGCCCCGACGGAGAAAUAGCGGUGCCACAGGACGGAAUUUACUUCGUUUUCUCUCGGGUUAAUUUUGAAACACAAUUAGGACAGAUUAUGCACUUUACGCAGUACUUAUACAAGACAACAGCAUCCUAUCCACAGCCAGUGAUGCUCGCAAAAUCUGUAGUGACUCCCUGCACGAGCGUAAACUCUAGUGUACAGCUCUAUUCCAGCCAUCAGGGGGCGCUGUUCCGCUUAGAAAAGGGCGACAGGCUCUCCUUGUACGUGCUGAAUAUAAGCGCAGUGCGCUUCCCCCAAGAAGCCACUUACUUCGGGGCAUUCAUGAUUAACUGAGCAAAACAGCAGCAUUUUGUUUCAGCUGAUUUCUUACAGAGAUUAUAUACGUGUCAUUUGUUUUUUCAGAUAUAUAUUAAUAAAAUGUAUGUAUACCAA